AUGGCUUCCGGUCGGCAAUGUGCUUCAGUUGUGGGAACGCAAAAAACAAGCGAAAACGGGUGAGCAGCUAUGUGAGACGAAAAGAUCAAUGGAAUACCUACACGAUCAGCUGCUGCGAGAACUGGGGUAACUGCUGCUGCUGUCUCUGGUGUUGUCCGUUUGCCAUGGCGGAUCUCUACCAUUAUAUCUGCUGGUUCCCGUGGCCCAUAGCCUUAGUGUUCGGCAUCACCCUCUUUCCAAUUGCUCCACUGUUGAGCAUUCCGUUGCGCCUCCGUGUGCGGUCCAAACAUAAUCUAGAAGGGAACUUGAUCAGCGAUUUGCUCUGCUUGCUUUGCUGCUGCUGGCCUUGCGUGAUCUGUCAGUUACGCGACCAAGUUCAGUCUAUGCGACGCAAAGGCACAUGGCGUUUAAACUACGGAGGCGGACUGGCAGAUACUCCACCUUGGAUCCAAUGCUGGAUUACGCUGUGGCGAAAGUGCAGGCGCAAACGUGUCCCAGUAGAUGAAGAAGCAGGGGAAAGCAAAGAAGAGGAAGAUGGCUCAACUGACGAUGAUGAUGGGGAGGAGGAGGAGGAUGCCGAGGUGGACGAUGUUAACGUUUCGGCUGGGAAGGACACUGGAGGCGCAUCGGAGUGGGAAGAUGAUGAAGAGGAAGACGAAGACGAAGAAGAAGAAGAAGAAGAAGAGGCCGAGGAGGAAGAUUCAGAAUCAGUCUCAAAGGACAGAGCUAGAGGGGAUAAUAGUUAA